CCAGUGUGAAAUGUGCCAUAUGUUUUCUUCAGAUAUAACAUAUAGGAAAGUGUACAAGAUAACAAGAUGAUACUACUUCUAGUUCUAACAGGAGUCUUCGGUCUAGCAAUGACUCAGGGAGGUGAUAUACCAGCUGUGGCUUUCUCUGCUGGACUUACUCGCCCAUUAAACUUGACACAUUCCGAAACAGUUAAUUUCGACAGAAUAUUCACCAACAUCGGUUCUGGAUAUGACAGCAAUUCCGGACGAUUCAGAUGUCCUCAAAGUGGUAUAUACGUUUUCCAGUUCCACGCCCUUUCUAAGCAGGACAAAACAGUUUGGCUUCAGUUGUACCAUAACUAUCAUUACGUAGUAUCUGUAUACGGCCAUACUGCCAAUGACUACUCAGCAGGCGGAAACUCAGUCGCCAUUCAUAUAUCUAAAGGUGAUGAAGUUUACGUUAUGGCUGUAGACUCUAAAAAUGGCGCCAAAACGUACAUGUAUGGAGCAACCGAUGAAGUAUACUGUACAUUCUCUGGUUACCUAAUUUCACCCGUGUUUGAAGAAUAUCCAGUUGUUGGUUGAUCUGGCAUUGACAAAUAUAACAAAUAAACUUGACUUUUAAUAUG